AUGGCGGCGAGAAAGCUGCAGACAGAGAUCGACAAGACCUUGAAAAAGGUGGGCGAGGGUGUCGAGAUCUUUGAAGACAUGUACGAGCUGCUGCAGCGCUCCAACAACUCGACACAAAAGGAAAAGAUGGAGUCGGAUCUCAAGACGCAGAUCAAGAAGCUGCAGCGUCUACGCGACCAGAUCAAGACGUGGCUGCAGAGCAACGACAUCAAGGACAAGAAGCCGCUGCUCGACAACCGCAAGCUCAUCGAGACCCAGAUGGAAAAGUUCAAGGCCAUCGAAAAGGAGAUGAAGACCAAGGCCUUCUCCAAAGAGGGCCUCAUAGCCGCCGCCAAGAUGAAUCCGCGCGACCGCGAAAAGGCAGAGAUCUCCGACUGGCUCUCCACCCAGGUCGACGAGCUGGCGCGCCAGACCGAGGCCGCCGAGGCCGAGAUCGAGACCAUCUCGGGCUCGGGCAAGAAGAAGAAGGGCUCCGCCAAGGACGAGCGCGCCUCGCAGCUCGAAAACGCCAACGACCGGCGCAACUGGCACAUGUCGCGCCUCGAGAUCCUGCUGCGCAUGCUCGAAAACGGCAACCUGGACACCGAGCGCGUGCAGGACAUCAAGGAGGACAUUGCCUACUUUGUCGAAUCCAACAUGGAGGAGGACUUUGAGGAGGACGAGGGCAUCUACGACGACCUCAACCUCGACGACGGCGAAGAGGCGUUCGGCCUCAAGGAGAACGACGACCUGCACAGCAACCACGACUCGACCGCCGGCAUGGACGACCUCAGCUUCCGCGACCUCAAGGACACGCCCACCAAGCAGCGACGCGACAGCCUUGCAGACACCCACACCUCCACCACCAGCACCAACAAGGACACCGCCAUCCUCACCACCAGCAGCAGCACAUCCAACACCAAGGACAAGGACAGCGGCAGCAGCAGCCAUGCGAAGAAGGAGGAUGCGGCAGCAGCGGCGGCGGCGGCGGCCACUGCAGCUGCGGCCUCGUCGACAGCCUCGCAGCCUGCAGCGUCACCGGCGCCACCAGCGGCCAAGAAGACGACGAAGAAGGCGUCGCAGGAGGCGGUGGCGGUGCCCAAGGAGAAGGCGGUGCCUACGGCCAACUUUGCGCAGGCCAAGGCACCGGCAGCGUCGCCAUCUGGCGUGCUUUCGCCACCCAAGGCACCGAGCGCUGCGCCGCUUCCACCCAUCAGGUAUGCGGCGGCGGCAGCGGCAGCCGUGGCAAGCAGUGCCACGGCGAGCACCAACGACCAUGCGGUUUCUUCGCCAUCCGCCGCAACCGCGCCGGUCGCCAACGACUCGACGGAUGCGAAUGGUGCGGCGUCUGCGAAUGGAGCUACGUCGGCGUUGUCCGCAGCGGUAGGUGCGCCAUCGACGCCCAUCAAGUCCGGAGUGGAUGCGGCGCGUGCGAGCGAUGCGGCGGACAAGGCUCGCAACAGCAACAGCAACAGCAGCAGCAGCAACAACAACAACAACAACGGCGAGGGCGCGAGCACUGGCAUGUCCGGAUUCGAGCCUGCGCAGCUUGCGGCGAGUUCGGCGGCGGCGAGCGUGGUGCAGCCUGCGGGCGGGGGAGCGGGCACGGCGGCGCAGCAGGCGGCAGCGCAGAAAGAGGCGGGUACGGAGGCGCGAUUGCCAACGUCGCUGACGGAUCUGGUGUCGUCGUUUGAGUCGGCCAAGCAAAAGUCGCUGCAGCGCGAGGCGAAUUCGGGGCUGGUGCACAAGUCGCUCGAGUCGUCGUUUAUGAAUGUGCCCGAGGCGGUGGAUUCGGAUCGACCGCGAUACUAUGUGCCACGCAAUCCGUUCCCCACGCCGAGCUACUAUCCGCAGACGCCGGCGGGGGUGUUUGACAAUCCUGCGCUGUACGCCAAGUUUGAUGUGGACACGCUCUUCUACAUCUUCUACUACCAGCAGGGGACGUACCACCAGUACUUGGCGGCCAAGGAGCUCAAGAAGCAGAGCUGGCGAUUCCACAAGCAGUACCUCACGUGGUUCCAGCGCCAUUCGGAACCGCAGGCGAUCACCGACGAGUACGAACAGGGCGUCUACGUCUACUUUGACUGGGAGGGCAGCUGGUGUCAGCGCAAAAAGAGCGACUUCCGAUUCGAGUAUCGAUGGUUGGAAGACAACUAA